GGGGGGCGGGGGGAAGGGGGCUCUGAGCAAACUGAGCUGAUCUGACAAUGUUAAAUAAAAUCUUAAAUUUCCUGCUGAAAGAAUGAGGGUGCUUUCCUUUGGGGUGGUCUGGAUCAGGAUCAGAGAUCCAAGAUCACUAGCACUCGCAUCAUGGUGCAUCAAAGAAAUUGGUCACGGUUCCUUUGAUCCCGGGUUCUGGUGCACCAUAAUCCGACUGACCUCGGAUCACUGAUGCUGAUCCAGAUCACCCCAAAGAAACGCAACCUAAGAUUUCCCGUUCCUGUCAUUGCUCAAUGAAAUUCACCAAACUCACCCAUCUGCCAGCCUUCCGUGAUCUUCGUUGACAGCUCCGCCUGGAUCGCGUUACAAUCACGCACGUGAGGGCAAUGGCCCAGUCCGCCGCGGCUGGUAAACCUAAUCAACAUGGCGGACGGAAAGGAUCUGAAGGCAUUCAUGAAGUAGACAACGUGUAAUGAGGGUUUUAAGAAUUUCUCGGAUAAAGAAAUUGACAUUUGCUGCAUUGAUAAUCUUUAUCCUAACUAAAUAUGCCGCUCUGCCGAUUUUUAAAGCUCUUAAAAGUGGUACAUGUCACUCUGUUGAAAAUGUCUUGUUCCUUAAAACUCACAAGACUGGUGGAAGCUCCAUAGCCAACAUCUUGCUAAGAUUUGCCAAGACCAGGGAUUUGACAGUGGCAUUGCCUAGAAAACAAAUCUUUUCUUUUUACUGGCCCUGGAGUUUUCAAGUUAACUUUGUUGGUAAUUUACCCGGCAACAAGCCAAAUAUCUUGUGCAGUCAUGCGAGAUAUAAUCAAACCACCAUGAGAUUAAUAAUGCCUUCUGAUACAAAGUUUAUAACCAUCCUUCGCCAUCCAGUUUCAAGGUUUGAAUCAGCCUUUCUCUUCGAAGAUUUCCCUUCAUUUCUUGGAAUUUCAGGCUCUUCAAAUCCUCUUUAUCAAUUCCUGCAGCAAAUUGAUAAAUUCAAGCCAGAAAUAAACACAAUGUACACACUAAGAAAUGGAAUGAGUUUUGAUCUUGGUCUGGAACCUGAGGAGUUUGAUAACACGGAGGUAAUCAAAAACUUUAUCACCUCGGUUGAGAAAGACUUUGAGCUGGUGUUAAUUAUGGAGUACUUUGAUGAAUCUCUGAUAUUACUGAAGCAGCUGUUUUGCUGGAGUUUAGAUGACAUAUUCUACCUAAAACACAAUUCGCGGCUGCGGUCGUUGAAGAAACAUCGCAUCCCAAGACAAUUUAGGAAUACAUUUUUGGAAUGGAAUAAAGCUGAUGUGUUGCUCUAUCAACACUUUAAUCAAACGUUUUGGAAGAAAGUGAAUUCCAAAGACGAGAACUUCUGGUCUGAAGUAAAGUUGCUGAAGCAAAAGUCGCUGGAAAUGGAAAAGGAGUGCCUGAGUCCAGGAGAACACAGAGACCACCACAAAAAAUCUGUUUCGAAAUUACUUCUGAAUCCAAAGGUCGCGCAGAAUAAGAAACAAUUGUGUCGAGAUCUUGUACAAGAUGAAGAUGCUUAUUUCGAUUAUUUCAGGGGUAAACAAACAAAUGAACAAUGAAAAUGUAUAUUUUAUGUGGUGAAAAUUAAUAUAUUGAAUUUUUGUAAUUUGAAGUAAAUACAGGCAUAUCUGUCAGUGAACUUCAUAAUUUUGAAGAAGAAACAGCUGCUCGCUCAUCAAUCAACUCAACCGAACAGAUACAAACGACAAGUCAAACCAAAACCAAUUAUGACUUGGAACGCUUUCCAUUCGAAGAAAAAUUCCGGUUUGAGUUUCCAAAAAUUUCCAGCGACGAUUGAACAGCAUUUUCCUGAAUUUCCGGAAACGAGGACAAUCUUGCGGGGUAUACCGAAAGUUUCAGAAAUUUCUGACCAGGAAUUUCUGUUUCAUUUGUGUUCCCUCCCAGAAUUUUCCGUCGAAUGGUUAGCUUUUCGGAAACCUUACAAUUUCCGGAUUUUCUGGUAACUUUUCCUGGUAAUUUCCAUACUAUUUGUCGCUGUUUCUAAAUUUUCGGUGGUUGAUUGGUAAUUACUGGUAAGCGCCCUUGGUCACACCAAGGCGGAAAAGGGCCGCCCUACAUAUAAGCGCCCUAGUCACACGCAUGUCAGUUUCCCGCGCUUGGCGCACGUGGCGUGUACUCGCACCAAGCUCUGAUUGGCUGGUUGUUUGGUCAAUUAGAGCAGUUUUCAAUCGAGUGUCCAACCAACCCAAAACCAAAGUAAUUACUCUGGUCUAUCGCAAAGGACGCAGAGUGUAUCCAUUGAACCAAGAGAAACUCCAAGCAAAUGUACGAAGCUGAUACGAAGCAUGGGAAAAAACGUGUGCGGGCGAGUCACGAUUGGAUUUAGUAAAAGUAUCUGAUUGGAUGACAAAGUGGCGCGAGUUUUUUUUAAGCCAAUUGUGUAGAGUGGCAAAACUAAAGCAAAUGCGAAACCGUUCUUUUAAAACGCUUGUUUUGAUUGAUCAGAUGUCUUAUUUUACCUCAAACACAGGAUAGUCACACGAAAAUCUGUCUACCCACAAAACGAACUUGUCCGAUUUUUAUUUCAAACCCACUUUUCAAAGAUCUCUUGAACAACAGUCGGUGAUCAGCGUAGAAAAACUGGAAAAGUGGAGUUUUUUUUACGAUCGCGAGCUGUAAAGCACGUUAUUGCAUUGUCAGUAAGUCAAAUUUCGUAAAGUAUCAUUCAAUUCAAUCGUGCGUUCGCAUUACAGCGCAGUUUCUCGUCAGUUGUGUUCUCAGUAUAACAUCUAUGCCACAUUUUGGUUCCCGAGUUCUCAAAUGUGAUCUGAUUCACUUGCGGUUUGGAAAGGGGAAAUAACGGUUUGUAAACAGUACAAAAAGGUCGUGAAUUUUGCAUACAACAAUGUGCACGAACCUUACUAACUUUAUUUUUUUUUUCAAUAUUUAAAAAUGAAAUCUCAAGUCCAUAGAGGCUGUGUACAUCCGCUAAUCCCCUAGCACCCCCACCCCCGAUAUUUUAGGGGGAGGGGAGCCUAGGGAGGCGGUUUUACACAGGUUAAAGUCCAUAGUACGUGGAUAGGAAUAACAUUACAAGGCUAAAGUUUCUAAUAUUUAAUAGUUUUUACAAUGGCUCCGAUAAAAAUUUUUUAGCUUUCAAAGUAACUGAAUUUUUUUUUCGAUAUAUGCGGCACCAACACUUGUCAUCAAUCCCUUGUCACUUUUCUGAAGGGUUUUUUUUUUGUCAAAUUUUUAGCAACAUCACUGAUUGUCGAAUCUCGCUAUCUCAAGCUGAUCUCCUCGCUAUCUUGCUAUCUCUCCCUUAGAUAUGCUUUUCACUCAUUUACAAUCGCGAUCUCUAACUAUUUUUCGUUUCCCUCGAGAGUUCGAGAUGGUGGUGUUCAACUGUAGUUACUUACA